GGAAGCGCCGAGUCUCCAUGGCGGCGGCGGCGGCGGCGGCGGCGGGGCCGGUGCUCUGGAGGCGGCUGCUGGGCCUGCUGCCUGGCCGCCCGGGGCUGGCCGCUCUCCUAGGGCGCCUGUCCGACCGCCUGGGCAGGAACCGGGACCGCCGGCGCAGGAGGUCACCAUGGCUGCUGUUGGCUCCUUUGCUGUCCCCGACUGUCCCCCAGAUCACCUCCCCUCCUUGUUGCCUGUGUCCAGAGGGUGUGCACAGGUUCCAGUGGAUCCGAAACCUGGUCCCAGAGUUCGGGGUCUCCAGCUCCCACGUCAGGGUGCUUUCUUCCCCGGCAGAGUUUUUUGAGCUCAUGAAGGGCCAGAUCAAGGUGGCCAAGAGACGCGUGGUGAUGGCGUCGCUCUACCUGGGGACGGGUCCUUUGGAACAGGAACUGGUGGAUUGCCUGGAAAGCACUCUGGAAAAGUCACUCCAAGCCAGGUUCCCUUCAGACCUCAAGGUGUCCAUCCUCUUGGACUUCACACGGGGCUCAAGAGGUAGGAAGAACUCCCGCACAAUGCUGCUGCCGCUGUUACAGAGGUUUCCAGAACAGGUUCGCGUCUCUCUCUUCCACACCCCUAACCUCCGUGGGCUUCUCCGGCUCCUGAUCCCUGAGCGCUUUAAUGAGACGAUCGGCCUGCAGCACAUUAAAGUGUACCUCUUUGACAACAAUGUCAUCUUGAGCGGCGCGAACCUGAGCGACUCCUACUUCACCAACCGCCAGGACCGCUACGUGUUCUUGCAGGACUGCCCCGAGAUUGCGGACUUCUUCACGGAGCUGGUGGACGCAGUGGGGGACGUGUCCCUGCAGUUGCAGGGGGAUGACACGGUGCAGGUGGUGGAGGGGAUGGUGCACCCUUACAAAGGUGACCGGGCUGCAUACUGCAGGGCGGCCAACAAGAGGGUGAUGGAUGUGAUCAACUCGGCCAGGGCCCGCCAGCAAGUGUUGCAUGCCCAGACCUUCCAUGGUGACUCCCUCUUGACUCAGGAGGACGCAGCAGCUGCCGGGGACCGGAGGCCAGCCCCUGAUACCUGGAUUUACCCAUUGAUCCAGAUGAAGCCUUUUGAGAUCCAGAUUGACGAGAUCGUCACGGAGACCCUGUUGACAGAGGCUGAGCGAGGAGCCAAGGUCUAUCUCACCACUGGCUACUUCAACCUGACCCAGGCCUACAUGGACCUGGUCUUGGGCACGCGGGCCGAGUACCAGAUCUUGCUGGCCUCCCCAGAGGUGAACGGCUUCUUCGGAGCCAAGGGGGUGGCGGGGGCCAUCCCGGCCGCGUACGUGCACAUCGAGCGACAGUUCUUCAGUGAGGUGUGCAGCCUGGGGCAGCAGGAGCGGGUCCAGCUGCAGGAGUACUGGCGGAGGGGCUGGACGUUCCAUGCCAAAGGCCUCUGGCUGUACCUGGCAGGGAGCAGCCUGCCCUGUCUCACGUUGAUUGGCUCUCCUAAUUUUGGGUACAGGUCGGUUCACCGGGACCUGGAGGCCCAGAUCGCCAUAGUGACGGAGAGCCGGGCCCUGCAGCAGCAGCUUCACCAGGAGCAGGAGCAGCUCUACUUGCGCUCAGGUGUGGUGUCGUCUGCCACCUUUGAGCAGCCGAGUCGGCAGGUGAAGCUGUGGGUGAAGAUGGUGACUCCGCUGAUUAAGAACUUCUUCUGAGGAUGACAGAAAUAAAUGCUAGAGAUCUGACACCGAGUAGCUGGUUCCUGCCUCUCUUGCCUCCCGAGCAGCCACUUUUGACUCUCUCUCCUGUUUCUUCUGACAUUUGCAUACCGGUCUGUAUUUCUAGAUAAUAUGCGUAUAUUGCCAGCCCCCCAAAUAU